UUGAAGAGGUGAAAAAUUGUCCUUUGUUCUCGGCCAAGAAAGAAGAGACUAGCGUUUUCAAUACUAGAAAAAAUGAACUACAUUUUAGGUGCUGUGACGUCCAAGGCCCGGCAACACCCCCCUUCUCCGCCUUUCGCGGGGAAAGAGAAACCUGAAUUUUAAUUUUCUUGUUAGAAUUAAAUAUGGGUCAAAUAAAUUUUUAAUCUUUUUUUCUUCUAUAAAACCCCAUUACAACUCUACCGUUUCUCCCUCUUUUUCUCUCUCUCUCUCUCUCGUUUCCCUUCCCUGCUCUUUCCCUCUGUUCACCAAACAUUUUUUCCCUUUCUCAUACCAAACUUCUCUCUGUUUUUCCAUUAUUAAUGCAAUCAAUUUGAACUCACCAUUCAGCUAUUCCACCCAACCCCCUUCUCCUUUGUUUUCUUCCUUUUUUUUUUCUCUUUCUGUAUGCUCAUUUCACUUGGAUUUUAAGAAUACUAGGUUUUUCUGCAACUCUUUUAGAGUCUUUUUGCUGAAUCUUUAACUGGGUUUUUGUUGUUUUCUCCGAUUAUAGAAUUCUAUAGGUAACAAUUGAUUAUGGAGGGUGAGUUCUUUCUGAAUGCGCAAAUCCCUCCGCCGCCAUUGCACUUUGAGCCAACUUCAACAUCUGCAAUGCCCAUUUGGCAUUCACUCUCUUCGGCCAUGGAAAUGCAAGCUAAUGAACUCAAUUGCUCCACUGAGCAGUCACCUGAUUGUUUCUUCACUCCUAACUGGGAAAAGUCAACGGAUCAAGGUCUCCACUUUGACUCUGCUCUGAGUUCAAUGGUGUCCUCGCCAGCGGCCUCCAAUUCUAACAUAUCCGGCGAGAGCUUUGUGAUCAGAGAACUCAUAGGAAAAUUAGGAAACAUUGGCAGCACCAACAACAAUUCUGGCGAGAUCUCCCCGCAUUCCCGGCCUAUGUUGGCGGCUUCAUAUAUUACCCCUGGAAAUAACAGCGCCAACACUUCCUGUUAUAGUACUCCUUUGAAUUCACCGCCAAAGCUGGAUUUGCCUCCAUUAGAUCAAUUUUCCAAGGAAAAUUUGAAAUUUCCCAGUUUGGGGAAACCUCUGGGUUUGAAUUCUAGUGUAGCAGAAUUCACAGCUGAUCCUGGAUUCGCCGAGAGAGCUGCAAGGUUCUCUUGCUUUGGCAGCAGGAGUUUCAAUGGUAGAAGCAGCCAGAUGGGGCUAAACAAUGCAGAUUUUGCAUAUAAAUGCAAUCCAUUAAUGGGAAAUGGCAAGCUACCUCGGGUUUCAAGCAGUCCCUCUCUCAAGGUAAUUGGAUCUCAAAAAGGGUACAAGAGUUCUCCAUUGCAAGAUCGAUCCGAAUUGGCCAAUUCUUCACAGGAGGAGUCCUCCGUAUCUGAACAAACCCCAAAUGGGGAAGCUGCUUUGAAGUCGACCAGUGAGUUGAAUUCCAAGAAAAGAAAAGCAGUUUCCAAGGCAAAAGCAAAAGAAUCACAGCCAGGAUCAACCCCACCAGCCAAUUGUGCAGCUAAGGAUGCAGAAACUGAUGAUAAUUCAAACACAAAGCGAAGCAAGACAAAUGAAGGGAAUGGAAAUGAAAAAAGUGCUGUUAAAGCAGAGGAAGAACAGAAGGGAAGUGGUGGGGAUGAGAAACAAAACCAGAAUAACAACACAAAGCCUCCUGAGCCCCCUAAGGACUACAUUCAUGUCAGAGCAAGAAGGGGUCAAGCCACAGAUAGUCACAGCUUAGCUGAAAGAGUUCGAAGAGAGAAAAUCAGUGAAAGAAUGAAGCUUCUCCAAGAUCUUGUACCAGGUUGCAAUAAGGUCACAGGCAAAGCUCUUAUGCUUGAUGAAAUUAUAAACUAUGUGCAGUCAUUGCAACGCCAAGUGGAGUUUCUCUCCAUGAAGCUGGCUUCUGUGAACACCAGGCUGGAUUUCAACAUGGAUACUCUCAUUUCAAAAGAUAUAUUUCAAUCAACCAACCAAUUGCCACAUCCAAUAUUCCCAUUAGAUUCCUCGGCAUCAGCCAUUUUUGGCCACCAACACCAACCCCAGCAAACUCCAGCACUACAUAGCAACAUUUCUAGUGGGACAAUGACCCAAUGCUCUGCUGACGCAUUAGAUACUGGACUAUGCCAAAGCCUUAAUAUGCAGUUACCCCCACUUGAAGGAUUUAACCAUAGUGGUCCUCAGUAUUCAUUAUUCUGUGAGGAUGACCUCCAAACCAUUGUUCAGAUGGGUUUUGGCCAGAAUCUGAACAGGGAAUCAACACACAACUUUACCGGUCCAAGUCAAUUCCCCCAGAUGAAAACUGAGCUCUAAUUACUAUUCUUUGGUCCCAAAUUGAAGGUCCAGAUUGAGAGAAACAGGCUGCUGUAUAUAUAAGAAAUUUAUUUUUGGACCAGCAAAAGAACUACUAAAACUCAUUUAUCAAUUAGGUUGAUGCAGCAGAUUUUUUUUUUUUUUUCUUUCUUGUGGAGUUUACUUGCAAGUAUCCACUGUAAAAUUCUAGAGGUGAGAAGUAUUGUAGCAGGGCACCACAUGUAAGAUAUAAUGCCAAUUAAAUGAAGAAUUUUUCUAUUAA